AUGGCAUCGAUUUUCAAAGCAGGACAUACGGCCGUCAUCACGGGAGGCGCAUCCGGAAUUGGCCUCUCUCUUGCCAAAAAAUGCUUCAACUAUGGCAUGAAAGUGCUGGUCGCUGACUGGGACGAGGAGACUCUGGGCGCGGCCCCAAAGAAUGUCGGCGGGGACAUCGGCACAAUCAAAGUCGACGUCAGCAAGACAGAUGACUGGGCCAAACUGAAGAGCAAGGUCGACAAGGACUUCAACGGCCAAGUCAACCUGCUGGCCCUCAACGCAGCCAUCGGGCCCAAAUCGUCCUGGGACUCACCCGAUGCAUUCCGCCAGGUCAUCGACGUCAACCUGUUCGGCGUGAUCAACGGCAUCAGCACCUUCUUGCCCAGCGUCAAGUCCACAGCCUCCUCCGGCUCGCCCAGUGCCGUCGUGAUCACGGGCUCCAAGCAGGGAAUCACUAACCCUCCCGGGAACCCGGCCUACAAUGCCUCCAAGUCCGCGGUGAAGAGCAUUGCCGAGCACUUGUCCUUUGACCUGCGGGACGAGAAGAACCUUUCUGUGCACCUUCUGGUUCCGGGUUGGACGUUUACGGGUCUGAGUGGCAACCGGCCAGGAGCGGGCAAGGAAAAGCCAGACGGCGCGUGGUGGCCAGACCAGGUUGUUGACUUCCUGGAGAAGAAGAUAAGUGAGGGUCAAUUCUGGGUUCUCUGCCCGGAUGACCAGGUCACUGAGCAGCUUGAUCGCAAGAGGAUGCUCUGGGGAGCAUCAGACGCCAUUGAGGGCCGGCCGCCACUGACCAGGUGGCGGGAUGAGUGGAAAGCGAAGCACCAGGAAUGGGUGGAUAAGCAGACUUAA